AGCCUUAUUGGAUCAGGUCCCUCGCCGCUGGGCCGCGCGCCGCCUCGGCCUCGCGCGGUCGCCAUGCGCCCGAUGCCAGGGGCGACAAACGGAAGCCCCGCCGCCCUGGAGGCGGUCCGCGGCGCGCUCCUCGCCUCGCACGCGGCCUCUGGGCUGGCUGCCGCGCACGCCCCUGCGGGCGCGCGGCUGUUGCGAGCGGCCGAUGGGCUCCCCCGCAUUGCAGUGGCCGUGCUCGGCGCCCCCAAGGCGGUGCCUCCGCCUGCACCCGGCGCCGCCAAGGCCACGGGCCGCCCUCGGUGGCGCCGACGGUCGCGCGGGCGCGGCGGCGCUUGCGGCACUCAUGGCGGGCCCGUGCAGGGCACUGGAGACGCGACGGCGGUCGAGGUGGUGGAUAUGGCAGCGGCGACGGACGCGGCGAUGGCGGUGGCUGCGCCUGCCCCGUCCGUGCUGGCGGUCGACGACAGGGUCGCGGAGGGCGCGGGCGCGGUCGCCGCGCUUUCGUGUCUGGAGGACGACGCCUGGGCGGACGAGCUUCCCGCGCUGCAUGGUGGGCGGAUGGCGGCGGACGCGGUUGACGCGGGCGGGCUGGUGCCCUCGGCGCGGUUGAGGGCGGAGUUUGCUGCAGCGACGGCGGCGCACGACACGCGCCGCAUCGCCGCCAUCAUCAAGGAGGCCGUCGGCUCGGCGUGCGGUGGUGGCCGUGGUGGACGGCAGGGACCUGGGCCGUUUUGCGGCUAGGAUGUCGUGGCGCCGUGCGCCCCCACCCCGCGUUCAUGGUGCUCGUCUUCGGCGUGCACCCGAUGGCGCCUCUCUGGGGCGCCGCCCUCCAUGUUCUUCCUGCCGGGGGCCGUCCGUCACCUCGGACGUCCCUCUCAUCGCGCGUGGCCUCCUCCUCCGCCUCCGCCUCCUUCUCCUCCUCUGCCUCCAAGGGCUCCUCCUCCUCCUCCUCCUUCUCCUCCUGCCCCCGUCCUCCUGGCUGUUGGCUUGGCGCGUCGAAAUUCAGCGCGGCAUAGUACAGCGCAGACCUUGACCCGUAUCGCAUCCCC